AUGGGCUUGCUAUUAGAUCCACAGAAUGACCAGGACAUCCAGUGUGUCGUGGAUAAGAUUCUAAAUUUUGGGUAUGAGGAGCUGAAUAUCACCGACAUCGAGCCAUAUGCAAGCCAAUAUGCGAUAGUGAGACAAAACCUGACUCGCUUGCUCAAAAACGGAGGCAAGGCUCGUCAGAGCUGGCUUUUGGGGCUUGCUUCUAGUCCCACAGUCACUGUGCUGGUUGGCGACCGUAAGAACCCGUAUCAUCUAAAUAGCCUUUGUCUUCAGCACCAUUCAUUACAUUUCCGCAGUCUGCUAAUAGAUAUUCCUUUCGGGCAACCGACACCAGAACUUCGACUACCAGAUGUUGACGAGAUUGCCUUUGACACGUUUACACAAUGGGUGCAUUUCAGACACGGAAGUGGAACCGAUUCGACAAAGGCAAACAAUGACCCCCUCCACGCCUCUCGCCUAUUCCAUUGUUACACAUUAGGCGACAAACUCCAAGCUUCACGCUUCAAGAAAUACAUCCUCGGCAAAGUUCAUGAUUACUUCCGCGAAAAUCCCGCCACGCCCGUCACAUCGGACCAAAUCCGGUCGAUCUACGACGACACGAGUGAGAAGAACGAUCCGCUGCGUAGGUUUUGUAUGCAAAAGAUGUGUAUGCAAACGUCCACUGAUGAAACAUGGGCUGAACAGGCAUUUUUUGAGCUGAUGGGGGAGGCUGGGCCGAUGAUGGAUGACUAUUUGGAGGGGCGUGAAGAAUUUGAAGCGUACGAAAGCGAAGGGAAAGAUGCGUCUCUGUUUAUGUUUGAGUGA